UCAAUUGGCGAUGCUCAGUUCGUUCUUUCCAUUCGACACGUUCAAAGCUAAUCAGCAAAGAUGCUGCUGAAGUCAUUCGUUUUGAUUUCUUUGUGUGUAACCUGUUCACUGGCAGGAAUUUGCCAAGAUGUGUUCAAAGACCCGACAGAAGAUCGCCCGUUCUUCAAAGUGCUCGAAUCACAGGGUGUGGAAAUAUAUUAUCCCAAACGGGACCCCAAGCAAGAUAUGUUCGGCAUCAAAAUCUACAAAAAUCAAGAUCUCCGCAAGAAAGACCUCCACUGUGAUCUGUGCGUCAAUACGACCCACGUCGAGAAUGGAUGUUUCAAAAUUAAAAGCACCCUGCUGUCCGUGGAACCGCGGGAUGUGCUAAAAUAUACAACCUUAGCCAGCUUUACCGGAAAAUCCGAAAUCUCCGUUUCACCUGCCAACAAAGCCGAGUUCACAGAUUACGUAAUCCCGGCGCCGUGUGUUUGCAGUGAUCCACCCGCUGGAUAUUGUGACAAGGCGUCGAGCAAAAUCACCGAUUACCGGCCCCUGUUCAAGUUUCAUGAAUCGUCCGGAUUUGGCGCUUAUCUCCCACGAGCUUCAUCGACCGCAGCGGUUGGCCUUCAGGCGCUCAAGAAUGCCAAUUUCCGGCCCGGAACGGCCUCCCAGCAACAGCAGACGCAAAAACUCGAUUUGAAUGUCGAUUCGAUGAGCGAACGGAACGGGUGCUUUGCGUACGAAUCGUCCGCGUUGCGGUUUGCCCUGGGGGAUCAUAUCAAUUUCGUGGUGACCGGAAAGAAAACCGGUGGCGAAAAAAUUCGCACCGAUCCGCGGAAGGUGCAUCUGAGGGAUUACUUUAUACCAGCAACGUGUUCAUGCCCAGCAGAACAAUCGAAUUUGGUGAAACCACACAAACUGACCAGACACUGAUAGUGAAGUGCAAUCAAUUACCGAAACAGUCUAAAUCUACACUUGAAUAAAGUUUUGAUUACCAAAAUCUUUUUCAAAUUAAUAAUUAUUGUUAUAAUGUUUUAAAUAAAAAAUCCUAAGAAGAAGAA